GCGCACCAGUCUGCGCUGCGCCACUACCCUCUCGACUUCACUCCCGGUGACUGCUUCUUCUUUCUUUCUCAUUCUUUUAUGAUUUUUUUUUUUCAUGACAUCACUUCUUUUAUUUGCUGUCAGUGGAUGGGAUGCUACUGGCUAUUAUUCCCCCUCCCCAACUAAACAUUUUACCUCCCCCGAAGGAGACGUUUUGGAUGACUUACCGGAUUGGAUGGAGGAAAUCGCUUUUGGAGACUUUACGCAUCGACUUGAGGGAUGAAUGUGAACUUCUUUACAGCACGUUUUUGUUGCGUUUUGCUCGUUUUUAACACGAUUUAACUUUGUCUACAGAAAAGGAGUGUGUUUGUGCCACACAUUACAAUCUUCAGGUGGAACUUUUGAUCAUUUUAAACGCUUGGAGAGCGAAGUUUGAGCCGUGGGGAUUUCUUGUUUUAAUUCAAUCUGAGUGGAUAAGAUGUCUCGGGGGGCCGAACCGAACCGGCUUUGGGCUCUCUCUUCGGCCUUGGUCCUGGUUCUGUGCGUCGUGUCGAGCGUGCACACAUGCCCGCACAAGUGCAGCUGCUCCGGAUCCCAUGUGGACUGUCAGGGUCUGGGGCUCAAGACGGUACCGAAGGGGAUCCCGCGUGGGGCUGAGCGCCUGGAUCUGAACAGAAACAACAUCACCCGGAUCACCAAAGUGGACUUCUCCGGCAUCAAGAACCUUCGAAUUCUUCACCUGGAGGACAACCAAAUCAGCGUCGUCGAAAGAGGAGCCUUCCAAGACCUGCGACUGCUGGAGAGACUCCGACUAAACCGGAACAGACUCACGCUGCUUCCAGAACUUCUCUUCCAGUCCAAUCCUAAACUGGGCCGACUAGACCUGAGCGAGAAUCAGAUCCAGGCGGUGCCGAGGAAAGCCUUCAGAGGAAUCACCAACGUCAAAAACCUGCAACUGGACAGCAACCACAUCAGCUGCAUUGAAGAUGGGGCUUUCCGAGCACUGCGCGAUCUGGAGAUUCUCACUCUCAACAACAACAACAUCACCCUCAUCCCGCUGUCCAGCUUCAACCACAUGCCCAAGUUGCGGACACUGCGUCUCCACUCCAACAACCUUCAUUGCGACUGUCACCUGUCCUGGCUCUCUGAUUGGCUGCGAGCGAGGCGCGGCCUGGCACCUUUCACUCAGUGCAUGGCCCCCGCCCACAUGAGGGGCCUGAAUGUGCCCGACGUACAGAAGAAGGAUUUUGUCUGCAGUGGCCCCACCCACGUGGAGUCGCGGACAUGCGAGCCACUGGUGGCAGUGUGCCCGCCCAGCUGCACGUGCAACAACAACAUUGUGGACUGUCGCCGCAAAAGUCUGUCCGAAAUACCCGCCAACCUCCCGGAGGGCAUCGUCGAGAUUCGUUUGGAGCAGAACCUGAUCAAAAGUGUCCCACCUGGAGCCUUUUCUUUAUACAAGAAACUCAAAAGGAUAGACUUGAGUAAGAACCAAAUUUCCGACAUCGCCGCCGAUGCCUUCAGCGGCCUCCGCUCGCUCACCUCCCUGGUCCUGUAUGGCAACAAGAUCACUGAGCUACCGAAAGGAUUGUUUGAUGGCCUGGUGUCCCUGCAGCUACUCCUCCUGAACGCCAACAAGAUAAAUUGUCUCCGCGUCAACACCUUCCAGGACUUGCACAAUCUCAACCUGCUGUCACUGUAUGACAACAAGUUGCAAACCAUCAGUAAAGGACUUUUCACACCACUGCGAUCCAUCAAAACUCUUCAUCUGGCUCAGAAUCCCUUUAUGUGCGACUGUCACCUGAAAUGGCUUGCCGACUUUUUGUUCGACAACCCCAUCGAGACCAGCGGGGCGCGCUGCAGCCACCCAAGAAGGCUGGCCAACAAGCGCAUCAGCCAAGUCAAGGGCAAGAAGUUUCGUUGCACAGGUCAAGAAGACUAUCGCAGCCGACUGAGCGGCGAGUGUUUCCAGGACCUUGUUUGUCCCGACAAAUGCCGCUGCGAGGGCACCAUGGUGGACUGCUCCAACCUGAAACUGACCCGCGUUCCCUCGCAUAUCCCGGAACACACUACCGACCUGAGGCUGAACGACAACGAGAUUGCUGUACUGGAGGCGACGGGGAUGUUCAAGAAGCUUCCGAACAUGAAGAAAAUCAACCUGAGUAAUAACAAGCUGCGGGAAAUCCGCGAAGGAUCUUUCGAUGGAGCGUCUGGGGUUCUGGAACUUCUCCUGACUGGCAACAAGCUCACGGGUCUGCAGGGACGAAUGUUCAGAGGCCUCACUGGACUGAAAACUCUAAUGUUGCGGAGCAACCAGAUCAGUUGCAUUGACAACACGACAUUCACGGGCCUGAGUUCAGUGCGUCUGCUGUCGCUGUAUGACAACCGGAUCUCCAGCAUCGCCCCGGGAGCCUUUGCCACCCUACACUCCCUCUCGACGAUUAACCUCCUGUCCAACCCUUACGUGUGCGACUGUCACUUGGCCUGGCUGGGUCAGUGGUUGAAGAAGACCAGAGUGGUGAGUGGAAACCCUCGCUGUCAGAGACCCGCCUUCCUCAAGGAGAUCCCCAUCCAGGACGUGGCCAACCCCGACUUCACAUGUGAUGGUGUCGAGGAUAACGGCUGUCUUCCUGCAUCUGGCUGUCCCGAUGUCUGCACAUGCUCAGACAGCGUGGUGCGAUGCAGCAACAGAGGGCUGCGCUCGCUGCCCAAGGGCAUUCCCAAGGACGCCACGGAACUUUAUCUGGAGGGUAAUAUGCUGACUUCUGUGCCCAAGGAGCUGGCGGCCCUGAAGCAUCUAUUACUGGUAGACCUGAGCAACAACAGCAUCAGCACAGUGUCGCCGUACACCUUCAGCAACAUGACUCAACUGGCCACGCUUAUCCUCAGCUACAACCAGAUUCGCUGCAUCCCGGUCCACGCCUUCCACGGUCUCAAGUCGCUCCGCCUGCUGACUCUUCACGGGAACGACCUGUCAACUAUUCCGGACGGCGCGUUCAACCACCUCACGGCUUUGUCCCACCUGGCUUUGGGUGCCAACCCCUUGUACUGCAAUUGCGAACUACGCUGGCUCUCCCAGUGGGUGAAGGCCGGAUUCAAAGAACCUGGUAUUGCUCGCUGCACCGGACCUCCUGACAUGGCUGACAGGCUUCUGCUGACUACACCGCUCAACAAAUUUCAGUGCAAAGGUCCGGUGGAUAUCGCCCUUGUGUCAAAGUGUGCACCCUGCCUGGCGGAGCCUUGUCAGAAUAAUGGCACGUGUGUGUCCGACCCAUCUGGAUCCUACCAGUGCACCUGUCCAUUUGGAUUUAAGGGCCAGGACUGUGAAACGGCCAUUAAUGCCUGUGUUAGUUUCCCCUGCCUGAAUGGAGGGACGUGUCACCUUCAGCCGGGCUUUGAAGACCACUUCAGCUGCGUGUGCCCGCCGGGUUUCGAGGGCCAACGCUGUGAGUUGAACCCGGACGACUGCGAAGACAACGACUGCGAGAACAACGCCACCUGCGUCGACGGUGUCAACAAUUACACUUGUGUCUGUCCGCCUAACUACACAGGUGACCUUUGCGAGGAGGUUCUGGAUCCCUGUCUCCCCGAUUUUGACCCCUGCGAGCACGAUUCUAAGUGCGUCCACGUUGGUCGCAGUUACAGGUGUGAGUGUUUACCAGGCUACGUCGGCCAUUUCUGCGAGCAGGACUACAACGACUGUCUGGAGAACAAGUGUCAACAUGGCGCAGAGUGCGUGGACGCAGUCAACGGCUACACGUGCGUGUGCAAGGAGGGAUUCAGCGGCUUGUUCUGCGAGAAUCCCCCGCCCAUGAUCUUGCUGCAGACCAGCCCGUGCGAUCACAGCGAGUGCCAGAACGGCGCCCAGUGCCUGCUGGUGGCCGGCGAACCCGUCUGCCGCUGUAUGCCCGGUUUCUACGGCAACAAAUGUGACAAGAUGGCCACUGUCCACUUCCUGGGGCGGGAGGCAUAUGUGGAGCUCCCGGGCGCAAAGCUACGCCCCAAUGUUCAUAUUUCAUUGCAGGUGGCCACCGACAAAGACAAUGGUAUUUUGUUGUAUAAGGAGGAUCACGACCCCCUGGCUCUGGAACUUUACCAAGGGCACAUACGACUCAUCUAUGAUAUGGCCAGCUAUCCUCCCACGACUGUGUACAGUGUGGAGUCUGUCAACGACGGGCUUUUCCACACUGUGGAGCUGUUGAUUCAGAACCAUUCGCUCAGCCUGGUGGUGGACAACGGCGCUCCCAAGAGCCUGGGCAAGCUGGCGCGCCAACCCUCCGUCGACCACGACACGCAGCUUUACAUUGGAGGCGUACCCUACCAGGUCCUGGCCACGGGGUUUCGGCCCAGUCCGGAGCGCUCGCCUCAGUUCUUCAACGGUUGCAUUCACAAUGUCCAAAUCAACGGGGAAGCGCAGGACCUGAGCUAUAGAGCUACGGGAGGGCGACCGGUCGAGGGCAAGAGCGAUGGCGUCCUGGUGGGCUGUCACUCGUGCAGCGUGUGCGCGCAGGGAACGUGCAGAGAGGGCGGAGAAAUGGGCGUCACUUGUCAGUGCCCGCCCGGACGCAGCGGGACGUUGUGCGAGCAGGCCACAGUGCCAAAUCCCUGUCAAGGCACUAGAUGUGUUCACGGCUUAUGUGUACCCAAGGGGGCGUCCUACAGCUGCAAAUGCAGCGAAGGCUACCAGGGCCAGUUCUGUGAGCAGCAGCAGGAGCCCACAGCCUGCAGGGGGCAGCGCUGCGGCCACGGCGAGUGCAGGGUGUCUGAGGGAGGGGAGCCCGUAUGCAACUGUCUGCCUGGCUAUGCCGGACCCACCUGUGAUACCGAGUUGACAUGUCAAGGCGAGAUGGUGCGAGAGCAGCUGAAGCGGCACCAAGCCAUGAGGACGUGCACAUCCACCAGCAAGAUCCCGCGCAUGGAUUGCCCCCGGUCGUGCCAGACCGUAGCGCCGCCCGGCGUCUGCUGUGGCGUCAGCAAGACCCGCAGGAGGAAGGUUAUGUUCCGCUGCACGGACGGCACCUCGCACUUCGAAGAGAUGGAGACGGCCCUGGAGUGCGGCUGCGCCAGGUGCCCGCUCUAAUGACUUUCUCAAUCCCUCCCACCCACACGUCUUGUGAAUUUGGCACCGCCAUUAACACAAUUUACAUUUUGUUUACACAUCCCGUUCGAUGGCCGCCAGUUUGCUGCAGGAGAAACCACAAUGGGGACACGUGUGUGUGUGCGUGCGUGCGUUUGUGCGAGUGCAUUUGUGCGUGUGUUUGUAGAGUGCAUGUGUGAGUGCGUGUGUGUAUGUGCAGAGAGAACUAUAUUGUAAGAUACAAGUGAGAAGAAGGGGAAAAAAAAGCAUAGUACUUAUUUUUAUGAUGAAUUUUCUUCUUCUAUGAGGUAAGGACUGAUGAGGUGGUUUUUUUUAAACAUGUUGAUUAUACAACGUGUUACAUAGGAUGAUAUUAUUUUGUACCUUGUAAGAACAAAAAGCUACACCAUGAAGUAGAUUAACAUUCUUUACAAAAGAAUAUAGAAAAUUAUAUGUAUGUAUAAAUCUAUAUAGAAAUUAUACCUUAAUCCAAUUAAUUGUAUAUUUAAUGUUUUUUUGCAUGAUCUUUGGAUAAUUUCAUGUUGUGGAGAAAGUUCACUCACUCUUUUUUGGUCAAAAAAGGGAAACCAUAUGUGCCUAAUUGGGGGGUGGGAAGGACAUCUUCACCUUGGAAACUUUGUUUUCCAUCAUCUAGGGAAGUGGUGGGAAUACAUAAAUGGGAAUAAAACAUCAGAGGAUUAAAAGAUCCCCAAAAAGAAAGAAGUUCAGAAAAAAGCCCCCCCACACCAAAAAACACCUCAUGAUGCAGAUUUACACAGUCAAAAAUCCUCACUUAAGCAUCCUUAGUCUUAAUGUACGUGCCUUUCUCAUAGGUGACUUCCUUCAGGCCUCUCAUUGGCUGAAAGCAAAGCCACAGGAUUCGGGGUUACAUUGUACCCCUACCUCACCAGCAGCAUACACACUUUUGAAGAUUUAAACUGAUUUGUUUUUUUUGCGAGCUAGCCAACACGUCUAAUCUUAAAAAAUGGCCAAGUAGGCAUUUAAUACUAAUAAUUCUCAAAUAAUAUACGGAUUUGUCGGAUGUCGAUGUGGUGUAUAACGUGUAAUGAAGUAAUUGUGAGUUUGAGUACCCAAUUAUAGCACCAAUAAUGACCUGAGGGAGGCUACAAGGUGCUACGUAGCAUUUAGACUAUUUGAAAAUGCAAAGACGACGACGCUCGGUUGACUUUUUCUUUAUCUCUUAGUGAUUUCUGAUUGCAAAUAUUUAACAUUUAUAAUUGUUGACCCUGAACAGUUUUAUCCACAAGAUGGGCUCAUAAUAUUUUCGCAACAUCCCAUUUGGUUAAAUAACAAACAUAUAUAGCGAACCUCCCAACAAAUGCCAACAAAUGCCUUAAAACUAAAAUGAUUCUAUAGCUUACAUUUACAGGUUAUAUCAUAAUUGUUAAAAAUGUCGAAAAGGGCUGUUCUACAAACAGAGCAACGCUAACAUGACAUUCAAAAUUUACUGGGCUGGUACACCGAGCACAUUACAGACCACAAAAAAAAAAGUUGUUCUGGAGUCACCACGGCAACGAGAAAUUCUCUUCUCUUGAGCCAGUGCGCCAAAUGUUAAUGGCGCUUUUAGUGCUCAGUUCUUUGAAGCUCAGAUAUUACAUACGCUGCUUUAAAAUGCCACCAUUGUGCCAAAGUUUGAAGACAAAAAUUGAUGUGUUCGGAAUUCAUAAUGCUGCUUCGACCCAAUGUUGGAUGGCUGCAACAAGGGUGUAAGAAAAUCUAAACUGGCACCUUAAUUUUCACAGAUGUCUACAAACGUCGCCACAAAGUGAUUCAUGAACUAAACUACGCAACUCGGUCAUUGUCACGCAGCAACAGCAACAUGGUGCAGAAAAGGAAACGGCGCCAUUACCAAAAAAGCCGCUUCCUGUUGUUCAUGUGAUACAUUUAGAAACACCUCAUAUAAGUGUUAAAACCAUAACAAGGCACGAAGAGGUAAACACUCAAGACUUACAAUGGGAACGUUUUCAGUAUAUUUCCAUGGGAAGUUUCUGAAAUUUUGAUUUUGGUUAUCCUUCAAGAUUAAAUCUAUGGUAUUAAACCAAUACAACCAAAUGUUUACUUGAACAAUCUUUCAAUUCUUUCACUCAAGAACAUUUAUUAAUAUGACUUUGAAAUAUAAAAUUACAUGUUGCGUAUUUAAAUCAAACACCCGACUGUCAAACUGCCUAACAAUACAUUUUAGACAGACAAUAUGUAAUGCAACAAAAAUAUAACAAAAAGGACUAAAAUGACUGUUAUUGCAACUUCUCAAAAUUGUUCAUACAAGGUCUGUAGUACAUUGCUUCCUGGUGGCCAUAGUGCAUAUGCCAGAAGAGGCUCAAUGUGGGGCCCAUAAAAAUGUUGCAAUUUUGAAAAUAUCCAGAAUGUUGCAACCCAAAGCACUACUGUAUUCUACUUUAAUGUACUCUGUUUACAACAUUUACCAAUGUGUCCACCAGCUUGUAAUUUGCAUCUGCAAUUUAGCCUUUUCCUACUUUUCAUGCCCUCACCCCCAUUUGCGGAAUAAUUCAAGCUUUUUUUGUUUUGCUUGCGCCCGCCCCUUCUGCUUCUUGUGUACACGCCCCCCCCCACCCACACCCGCCUUGGUUUAUUAGCUCAUCAAUGUGAAGGCAGAAGACAAAAUCAUUUCAAUCCAAACACUGCAAUGUUCUCCAGGUUGAAAACACAAAAGUGAUUGAUGAUGCAGAUGUUGAAUGUUAAAAUUAAACUACCAUUGAAACUA